GACGUGAACGAGAACGAUUCAUUCAUCCUAAAGAUUUGUUCAGAAACAGCGGAUUCAGUCUAGAACGAUCGAAAUAACCUGCGCAUGCGCACAUGCCACAGUUGUCAAACGGUGGUUAUGGAGAUGAAUGUGGGCAACUGCUAUAUUUGGAGCUCAGGACUGGGAUGCCUCAUAAGAUAGGCUUCUCUGUGAUCAGCUGGUCUGGUCAUGAAGGAAACUACAAUGCCAAAAAGCUGAUGGUCCAUGCGCCCACCGUCAGUGGCUGGAGAUCUACUAGGUUUUGUCCAUUCCCUCAGGAAAUAAUUCUGCAGUUGGCCGAGAGAUGCCGCAUCAGGAAACUCCAGCUCCUGGCCCAUCAGUACUUCAUCCCGUCCAAGGUGGAGUUCCAUGUUGGAGACAUGCUGCCUGAGUCCAACUCAGCCCAGCAGGCUCACAGUCUCCAUAGACUGGGGUAUGUUUCUCUCUCUGACAAUGAGAAGACUGGGUUCAGAGCCAGAGAGCUGAAGUCAGUUCAUGUUGAUGCUGUUGGGUCUUUCCUGAAGCUUACCUUUCACAGAAACCAUGUUAAUCAAUACAAUGUCUACAAUCAGGUUGCGUUGGUGGCUCUAAAUAUUUUGGGUGACCCUAUAGAUGGAAGUGACAUUGGAACAACACUAAGCAGAGAUCAUCUGAUUGAUCAAUUUCUGAACAGCAGCCAGUACAGUUCCUCAUUGGAUGGCACUUACACAGGGCUCUCAAGUUAUAAAUGUGAAUCCAUCUCGCCGCUGGAUGACUUGGCUUUUGACAUGUAUCAGGACCCUGAGGUGGCCCAUAUCAUUCGCCUGCUAGACCAAAAAAAACAGGUCAUGGUUCGAGAGGAAAGAUUUGAUUCGGCCAAAGAACUCAAACAAGCUAUUGCUGACCUGCAAAAGGUGGGCGAACGGUUGGGCCGGUAUGAUGUGGAGAAACUCAGUGCAAUAGAACGAGAGGACUAUGACACAGCCAAGCAGAAAAAGGAACAAAUGGAUGCUUACAGACUCGCAGUCUACCAUCAGCUGGAGAUCCAUAACCUGCUGGACAUCAGUCAGAUACACAGAAUGUCUGGACUUUCUGACUCUGGAUUUCUCUCUCCACGAGUGGGGACACAGAAACACAUGCCUCAUCCACCUGACACACAUAGAAAGAAGAGACAAGGACCUGUGAAGGACACAGAUGAGCAGGACACUUCAAAAACAACUAGUCCCAAGCAUACCAUCCCCUCAACCCCCUUCACCCCUCCUCACGUCUCCAAGAUUGAUAUUAAUUCUCUUCCUUAUGACGAGAGGCCUUUGCCAACUCUCAGGAACAGGUUGAGUGAUCAGUCAGUCAGUGAGCUUGAUGAGAUACUUCCUCUGGCAGACACAGCCUCUCCACGUAGCCCUCGGGCAUCAGGACAACCAGAAGAGCUCACAGAAAAAGCUCAGAGAGAGGCCAGUCUGCCCAUUGAAAUAUAUGGAGAGAGUCUGGUGGCAGGAGCCUAUUCCAAGACAUGGUCCUACAGAGAGGAUGCUUUGCUGGCAGUCCGCAAGAAACUGAUGGAGGUCCCGUCUGGAAGCUCAAAAGCAGAACUGCGGAGCAUGACAAGAGCAGCUGUGUUCCUCUGCAAGAAGGCCCUCACAGAUAAAGUGUCAUCAGUGUUUCUUGCAUCUCUGAAUCUGCUUAAAACGAUUUUAAGUGAGUUUAUUCCCAACCAUCAGCUGGGCAAAUCUGAAAUCAGUCACUGCGUGGAACAGACUUGGAACAAUCUGAUCUCCAGAGCCGGAGACUCCACUUCGAGACUCAGAACGCCGGCUAUCACCUUCAUACAGGAAAUGGCCUUGUUUAAGGAGGUGAGAGCGCUCCAGAUGGUUCCUGUGGAGCUGGUCAGACCCAUGCAGAGCAGUGUGCCCGCUAGACAGGCACUGAGCAGACUGGAACUGAUUGAGAAGCUUCUAGAACAGCUGGGCACCAAGGACUCUGGCUUCACCCUUGACAGCAUCAUGCGGUUUCUGACAGGUGGAUUGGAGCACAGCUCUGCCUCUGUGAGGGAACUUUCCAUGAGACUCAUCCAGACUGUGUACCGUCUUCAUGGUAAACCAGUUCUGAAUUAUCUGCCACCUGAUGACUCCAGCACACGUAAAAACGUCCUCUACAAGAACCUUUUUGACUCGCUUGCAAAGUUAGACGGAACAACCAUUAACACACAGAAGUCAAAAAAGGGAGCAGAACGAGACGAAGGUGAGAGGGAGAAAGAGGAAAUAAGGAGCUUACAGGAGCAGCUUGCAGUGCUGAAGGAGAUCAGUGAGAAAGGGAAGGACAAUGCCAAAGUACCUGAGAAAAAAACAGAGAAGGCAACCAAAUCAGCAGGUGCAAAGAAGGUAAACCAGUCUGUCUCUGGUGAUGUAAAAGCCAGUCAAUCAUCUGCUGUAAACUAUUUAGACAAUCUGUGUAUUUUCUGUGGGGAGAGAGAUGAGUCUUUCACUGAGGAUGGACUCGACCUGCACUACUGGAAACACUGUCCAAUGCUCCAGCGCUGUCUUCAAUGCAGACAGGUGGUUGAGAUUGCGAGUUUGACAGAGCACUUGCUGACAGAGUGUGAGCGGAGGACAGAUUUCUCCCAGUGUCCCCUCUGCUCUGAAGCCCUCAUGCGAGAUAAGCUAACGGAACAUGCUCAGAGCACUGCUUGCAAUCCCCCAUCUUCUGAUGAAAAUUGCAACCACUGUCCUCUGUGUCAUGAAAACUUCACAUCAGGGGAGGAGGGCUGGAAGUCUCACCUCAUGGGACCAGAGGGCUGUAAACACAACUCACGGAGGAGAGCGAUACAGCCUAGCACUUACUCAUAUGCACAAGGAAAGUCAGUAAACACAGCUGGAGGUAAAACAACAAUGGUCAUUUCUGAGUCUAAGGCUAGAGGGCUGGGAGGAGGCAGUCGCAUCCCUGCUCCAGCAUCCAGAAUGAAGAGACGCAGCAGAAAUCCUCCAGACAAGGCCUCUACAUACCGACUUCAACAGGCGUAACA